ACAGAAAUCCAAUCGUCAUCGUGAUCUCAAAACGAAACACGUGUUUGUGCCAUGUUGGUAUAAUUCUGAUGCUAAGCGCUGCUGUUGUCUUUUGAUAUAUCUGUCAAAACUUCGCAAGGUAAUCAUCCAGCCAUGCCUAAAGUUAAAACAAAACGAAAUCGGCCUCACGAACAAGGUCAGCGACAGAACAUAGCAUUCCGGACGGAGCUGGGUCAGCACAUCCUCAAAAACCCACUGGUGAUUGCGAGCAUGGUCGAGAAAUCAGCCAUUCGGCCUACAGACGUCGUACUCGAAGUUGGUCCUGGAACUGGAAACAUGACUGUGAAGCUUCUGGAAAAGGCUAAGAAAGUCGUGGCGUGUGAAGUCGAUACUAGGCUGGUGGCCGAACUCCAAAAGCGUGUUCAAGGCACGCACCUUCAACAAAAGCUGCAAGUAUUGGUCGGUGACGUAUUGAGGUCCGAGUUGCCAUUCUUUGACCUCUGUGUUGCCAACUUACCCUACCAGAUUUCGUCACCGUUUGUGUUCAAGUUGUUACUGCACCGUCCUUUCUUCCGCUGCGCCAUCUUAAUGUUUCAGCGCGAGUUUGCGCAGAGACUUGUCGCAAAACCCGGUGACAAGUUGUACUGUCGCCUCUCCAUCAACACUCAACUUCUGGCACGCGUUGACUUAAUCAUGAAGGUCGGUAAAAACAACUUCAGGCCUCCGCCGAAAGUGGAAUCCAACGUCGUUCGUUUGGAACCUCGAAAUCCGCCACCCCCUAUCAACUUCACUGAGUGGGAUGGACUUUUGAGGAUAUGCUUCAUGCGAAAGAACAAGACGUUGAGGGCCUCGUUCAUGACGACAUCAGUCUUGGGCUUGUUGGAGAAGAACUACAAGGUUUACUGUUCGGUGAACAACGUGAGUGUUCCGCAGGACUUCAGCAUGAAGGAAAAGGUCGAAGAAAUUCUCGCACAAGGAGGGUUUGCAGAAAAGAGGGCACGCGUUAUGGACAUUGAUGAUUUCCUGUCUUUAUUGAGUCUGUUCAACACGAAUGACAUCCACUUUUCGUAACAUCUUAUUACAGUUAAUGAAUGUGGUUCAAAGAAUGUGCAUAAAGUCAUGAAUUCGUUGAAUCGUCAA